AUGGUGGUUGCCGUUGAGCACGAGGACAUGUUUAUUGGUCCUAAGGUGAACCAUCAGCCUGACUUCUACGGCGGUAGUCCACCCCGGCAAGCCAUUGUCUGCAAUCCAUUCGUUGACUCUUUCUUUCUUCUGCAGUCGGAGGCAAGCGAAACCAACGGACCCGGCUGGCCCUACCCAGCGUCAUGGCGCACGAGCGAUAGCAAGGACAGAAACGCAGCAUUCAUGGGCACUGCGUAUCCGGCAGAACUGGCCGACCAGACGGCCUCAGGUACCGUCGCCUCGACGGAGCUGUUGUUGCCGCAUCUGCGCUCGCCCGACGCCUCUUCCACUGCUGCUUCCGCCUCGGCUCAAUCGGCCGUCUCAAGUGCUCCGCCCGACCUUCCAGCCGAUCCCGAUCCCGACGCCGGCUCGGUCUCGACAGUGCCUGAUUUUGGUACAUUUCCGCUCAAGGUUUCCUCCGAUCCACACAACCCCACCUUCUCGCCUUCGCCCAUCAGAUCGGCUUCUUUCAGACCCAACACCCUCACAGCCGGAGGUAUGCAACAGUUUCUCUCAUCAUCUUCUUCGUCGGCUUCCGUUUCACCGAGUCACCCGAAAUUGAAGUCACGAGCGGAAUUUCUGCAGUCCAGGCCGAAAAGAAAUGCAUCUCAAACAGGCGCCGACAUGCGUCCCUCCAAGACAAAGACGCCCGAAAGCGGCUGGAAAUGGCGAAUAGCCCAAAAGCGACUCAAAAACGAGCCCAGUCUCGUCAGAAAUGCCGGUGAAAGUGGGGCAGUUAGGACGAGUCCGGAUGAGAACGACUUCUCAGUCUUGAAGAGACGAAAUGGCGCAGCCGACCACGCCAUUGAGGCCGUCUCGAACAGGCCUCGUCGACGGUAUCCACGUCAACUGCGACCCAGCAACAUUCCCAGCAUGACUGCCCUCAUGCGUCAGCAGAGUUCGGUCACCUUCUUCACGUUCACGACGCCCAAUUAUCCCCAGGCCUACCCACCUCUCACUGACUGCAUCAAGGUCAUACAGGGUGAGUUCACAAAUUGGUUAAAUUCAUUAGUUUCAUUUUUUGGAAUAAAAUGGUUUUAA